AGAAAAAAAAAUGAAAAAGCCAAUUUGGUAUUUCAAAGACUUAAAAGGCUGAGCCUUGGAAGAUUUAUUUGUUCUUCACGUGAUCUAGGGCUGGAAGAAAACGUGGCUGAGGAGUGAGGAGUUGAGAAAAAAAAACCCAGAAUGGGAAGUUGUGAAGAAUACUACUCGUCACUACCAGAAACCCCAAACCAAACUCAAACAGAGUCUGCUUUAGGGUUUAACUCAAGUACCCUUUUGUCUAAUCUUUACCCUGGAACAGAAAAAGAAGAAGAAAGCCUUGUUGAAGGUCUUAAAAAUGUGACCUUGGAAGAGAGUGACAGGAAAAGCUACGCUGGAGAUGACAACAGUGAAAAUCUUCAAGUGGACUGGCAGAAUGGUGAGAAUUAUCAGUAUCCUUUAAGGCCUUAUGCUGAAGAUUGUAGCUUUUAUCUUAAAACUGGCCAUUGCAAGUUUGGUUUGAACUGCAAGUUUAACCACCCAGAUGGGGGUGGGUCUCAGGAUAAGGAGAACCAUAAAGGAUGGACUGCUGAGCAGACAGGGCAAAUUGAAUGCAAGUAUUACCGAGCCACUGGAGGGUGCAGAUAUGGAGAUGCUUGCAGAUAUAGGCACUCUAAAGAAGAUUAUGUAUUAGCUCCACUAGAAGUCAACUCCUUUGGCCUGCCAGUACAAGUGGGUAUAAAUGAGAAGAGGGAGCAGGAUGGCUCUGUGGAACAGACAGGGCAGAUUGAAUGCAAGUAUUACCUAACUUCAGGAGGAUGCAAGUAUGGAAACGCUUGUAGAUAUAGUCACUCCAAAGAGAAGUCUAGAUACCUGGAAAAGUCUGAGAUACCUCCUCCAGAACUUAACUUCCUAGGCCUGCCAAUUCGAAUGCUGGAGAAAGAGUGCCCUUAUUACAUGCGUACAGGUUCUUGUGCAUAUGGACCUAAUUGCAGGUUUAACCAUCCUGACCCCACUACUGCUGAAGGAUCCAACAUUUUCAGCUCAGACUCUUCUGGUUUUGGAGGCCAUUCUUCAGGGAAUUAUCAUCGUGAAUCCAGUCUUUUGCCAUUGUCAUCCAAACCAACUGCAGCUUCCUUGUCUUUGAAUAUGAUGCCAGAUAAGCAUGUUCCAUACUUGAAUCAGAGUUCAUCUUAUGCUCAUGGGAUGCAUCUAAAUUCUGAAUGGAAUGGACAUCAGGAAAAAACUAGUCAUUCUUACUCAGCUUCUUCAAUACCCAAUGCAAUAAAGAUGGCAGACAACUCCAAACUCCAUCAAGAGCAGAUACAAGCUGAUGAAUUCCCUGAACGACCUGGUGAACCUGAAUGUCCUUACUUUAUGAAAACUGGAUAUUGCAAGUAUAAGGCUGCCUGCAAGUUUCACCAUCCCAAGACUCGACCUUCAAAGCCACCUGUUUUUAUCCUUAGCAGUGCAGGCCUGCCUCUAAGACCUGAUAGAAAAAUCUGCUGGAACUAUGAGAAAUACGGCAUCUGCAAGUACGGAACCAGCUGUUUCUUUAACCAUCCCGAGAAUCAUUUCUCAUCAGCUGGCCCGGUCGACUCCAUUCCAUAGUCUCUUCAUUAGGCAUCCAUGGUACAACAUUUGCAGGGGACCAAAGUGGUGGAUUUGAGAUAGACUGUGGGCUUUGUACAGAAGCUGCUUAGGUUUUGACUGCAUCUAUGAACAAUCUCCCUUUAAGCACCCCCACUUCUAACUCCAAUGUGCAUGAUCAUGUGCUUCCUUUUGUUUUUAUCCCCAAUUUACAGUUCUUUUGGUCUGAUAAAAAUCCAAUUUGAGAAAAAGAAAUAAUUUUUUCUUUUUCUUUUUUCAUUAAUUAUAGUGUUUUCCCUAAA